AAAUCAUCUGUUUUUUCGGCGGAGGCACUAACUACGUCAUUGGCGUUUUCAGUGACCCUGACCAAGUGCACUCGUUUGUUGUUGUUAUUGUUGUUGUUUGAUAGCAUCCCCCUGCUCCCCUUCCCUCUUCUAUCAAUGAUCAGAAACAAAUUUGCGUAAUAAGCGAAAUUAACAUAAAUAAUAACAACAAAUUGCACUGAUAAGAGCCACGAGAACAUUGAACCACCACGCGAGCCGAACCACUGAUAAGAUGCCCAACUCUUUAUUCCAGAUUUAGCAUGCCGGAAUACAUGGAGGUCUUGCCCCACCGCUCCCUGAUGGAUGGAAUAGCCGAGACGGCGGGCGUUCCCGUGGAGGCGCUGCGACUGCUGCUCACCAUUCUGGCAGGUUACCCAAUAGCUGCGAUCUAUCUCAAAUUCCUGGCCAGCAUAAAUGAUAAGGUUGUGCAUCACAUGUUCUUCGCCUCUUGCGGCGCUGGACUCUGCUACUUCAACUACGGCAACGACACAUAUCACUCCCUGCUGGGCAUCAUGACCACUUACUUCCUGGCCCUGUUUCUGCGCAAUGCAACGACCAUCUUUCUGACGAUAAACUUUUUAUUCCACAUGACAUACUUGCUGCUGGGCUACUACUACACGGCCAGCAACGAGUACGACAUAUUGUGGACGAUGCCCCACUGCAUUUUGGUGCUCCGGAUGAUUGGCUUUGGCUUCGACUUAACCGACGGAUUGAAGAGCGAAGAUGCCCUGUCCAAGGACCAAAAGGAAACGGCCCUGAAGGAGCUCCCAUCGCCGCUGGAACUGCUGGCCUUCGCAUACUUUCCCAGUGGGUUUCUGGUGGGACCGCAGUUCCCCUACCGCCGCUAUCAGAACUUCAUCGACGGCAAGUACCGGGAGUACGAAGGAAGCUACGACGCGGGCAUACGGCGUUUUGGAGCAGGAGCCUUCUAUCUGAUCGUGUGUCAGGUUGGACUGAGCUAUCUCCCCGAUUCGUACUUCCUCACGCCGGAGUUCGCCGGAGAGCCGUUCCUGAACAGGAUCUACAUGCUGGGAUUCUGGGCCAAGUUCAGCCUAUACAAAUACAUAUCCUGUUGGCUGCUCACCGAGGGAGCCUUGAUCUGCAUCGGACUGACAUACAGGGGCGUGGAUAGCGAGGGGAAUCCCGACUGGUCGGGCUGCAGCAACGUCAAGUUGAAGCUGCUGGAAACGGGCAACACCAUGGAGCACUACGUGCAGAGUUUUAACGUAAACACCAAUCAGUGGGUGGGCCAGUACAUCUACAAGCGGCUGAAGUUCCUCAACAACCGCACGAUCAGCUACGGAGCAGCAUUGGGUUUCCUGGCCGUCUGGCACGGCUAUCACAGCGGCUACUACAUGACCUUCCUUAUGGAAUACAUGGUCGUGAGCACCGAAAAGCAAAUCACACGCUUCUACACCAAAGUGGUGCUGCCCAAGUGGGGCCACAUUCUCGAGAAUUCGGACAUCUAUAAGCUUUUGUAUUUCGUGGUAUUGAAGUCCUACAACAUUGUCUACAUGGGCUGGUGCUUGGUGGCCUUCGUGUUCCUGAAGUACGAGCGCUGGAUCAUUGUGUACGGGGCAGUAAACUACUAUGGUUUUGUUGUCCUGAUCGGAUGGGCUGCCUUCUAUCAUUCUUACCGGCAGCUCACCCGAGGAGGGUCGCGCCGAGAGGCUGGCGAAGAUAGAAAGCUGCAGGAGAAGAAGAGCGAAGAAAUAUCAAAGUCGGAGGAAAAGAAACCGGAAGAAAAAAAGGCUGAUUAGCGAGGAACGAGAAUGCGUUCGAAAGACAUUUCGAAAUUUUAGUUUUGCCUUGACAAUUAUUUGGAAUUCGAGAAUUAAAUUAAAUUGGAAUUAGUUGACUAACCAAAUAAGUUUUACCAAAUAGUGCGCCACUGUAACUAGAAAUUUGUUAAAUAGCCUAGCCGUUGAGGAGCAGUUUUCUACAUUCAUACAUAUAUAGAUCGUCGGCCUAGUCAAGGUGGAGAGUUAUCCCCAAAAAGUAGUGUACUUCACGGCGAUAAGAUAGCGAAAAAUAUCAGUGUAUAUGUUAUGGAAUUGUAAAUUGAAUAAGUGUUGAUGAAAACUAGCAACUAAACAGAUCAAAUGUGAGACUUAACUAAGACCUGAGUCCUUGAGAAUCAAACAAACUCUGCUACAGAAUUAAUGUACUUGAACUUCAAAGAGGAGACUUACCUAAGCCAUAAAAUAUAAAGUUUUAUACAACGCGAGGAUGAUGCAAAGAUAUGUAUAUUUUGAUAUGCUCACGCAAAGUGCAAAUUUCAAUAAUUGAAAAACGGAAUAAAUGCAAUUAUUUUUAGGUA